GCCGCCGUGGGAAGCGACGCGGACGCGGCAACUGAGCGCUUCCGCAAAAAUGGCGGCGGCGGCGGGUGGCGCGCGGCUGGCGGCCUGGGGCGGAAGGCUGCGGCGCGGGCUGGCUGCCGGCCGGCGGGCCUGGCCAAGCUCCGGGCCCGUGGCGGCGGCAGUGGUCGGCGUGGCCCUGGCGGGAGCAGGAGCAACGUGGUACCACGGCCGCGUGAACGUGGCGGCGCCCCAGGGCGGGCUCACCGUGGUAGCCCAGGAAAGUGUGGACUCUGGAGAGAUGAAAGGGAAACCGUCUCCUCGUAAACAGCGCUUCAUGCAGUUUUCCUCACUGGAACACGGGGGAGAGUAUUACAUGACACCACGGGACUUCCUCUUCUCAGUAAUGUUUGAACAAAUCGAACGUAAAACUUCAGUCAAGAGGCUGACAAAUAAGGAUAUUGAAGACAUACUGGCAGGAAUCAAAAGAGCUGGUUGUGGAUCAACUUUUUUUAGAGACCUUGGCGAUAAAGGGCUGGUUUCAUAUACCGAGUAUCUUUUCUUGCUUACAAUCCUCACUAAACCCCAUACUGGGUUUCAUGUUGCAUUUAAAAUGUUGGAUGCAGAUGGUGAUGAGAUGGUUGAGAAAAAGGAAUUUUUUAAGCUGCAGAAGAUCAUAAGUAAACAGGAUGACUUGAAGACAACAAUAACUAAUGAAACAGAAUGCCAGGAACCAACAGUGAAAGAACCUGAAAUUAACACAACCCUUCAGAUACAUUUCUUUGGAAAAAGAGGAGAAAGAAAACUUCACUAUAAAGAAUUUCGAAGAUUUAUGGAAAACUUACAGACGGAGGUCCAAGAAAUGGAGUUCCUUCAGUUCUCUAAAGGUUUGAGUUUCAUGAGAAAAGAAGACUUUGCAGAAUGGCUCCUUUUUUUCACCAACACUGAAAACAAAGACAUUUAUUGGAAAAAUGUGAGCGAGAAGCUGUCCGCAGGAGAGAGCAUUAGUUUGGAUGAGUUCAAGUCAUUUUGUCACUUUGCGACCCACUUGGAAGACUUUGCUAUUGCCAUGCAGAUGUUUAGUUUAGCUCAUCGCCCCGUCAGACUAGCGGAGUUUAAGAGAGCUGUGAAGGUAGCAACAGGACAAGAACUCUCCAACAAUAUUUUGGACGCCGUCUUCAAGAUCUUUGAUGUGGAUGGUGAUGAGUGUCUCAGUCAUGAAGAGUUUCUUGGGGUGUUAAAAAACAGGAUGCAUCGAGGUUUAUGGGUGCCGCAACAGCUCAGUAUACAAGAAUACUGGAAAUGUGUGAAAAAAGAAAGCAUUAAAGGAGUGAAAGAAGUCUGGAAACAAGCAGGAAGAGGUCUUUUAUAGAAAAACAAUGUGGGAAUUAUGUUGCUCCAAGUGUUGGAACUUAGGAUGUCUUAAA